AUGCUUGGAACGAUAUUCGGGACCGGGUUAUUGUUCUUGGUCCCAGUAACGCCAACUCUGAUGAAACUGCGGAAACGAUCACUACCUGGUACUUGUGCUGCGAGCAGUCGCCGCGCUGGUGCUGUGCGAGCCCAGGUCGAGCGCUCUUCCCCAGAAGCAGAAGCGGUUCAGUUACCCGAUCGUUCGGCGGAAAAGAUCCAGAAACAUCGCCUUGGAGCGAAGAAGCAUGCCGUUGCGUAUUAUUUGGUAAAAAGCGAGGGUUCAGGGCCGCGCAAGUUCACCGUUGAUGACCUUGCGGCGAGUCCUCUGCGUUGCACCAGCUGGGACGGCGUGCGUAACUUCCAGGCCCGCAACGUGCUACUAUCCAUGCAACUUGGAGACUUUGCCCUCUUCUAUCACUCAAACUGUAAGCAAGCGGGGAUAGUGGGCAUUGUCGAGAUCGUCCGGGAAGCCUACGUCGACCAGACCCAAUUCGAUAGCACGGACUCCGAGGCGUACGACCCCCGUGCGACUCCCGACAAACCACGCUGGUAUGCGGUGGACGUGAAACUUCAGUUGAAGCUACCGCGACCGAUUCCGUUCGAGGAGUUGAAACAGUAUGCAACGCCGGGCGGUCCACUGGACGGUAUGCUGCUGUUCUCGCAGGCGCGCUUGAGCGUGCAACCGGUGCGCCCGGAGCAUUUUCGAUUUAUUCUCGGCCUUUUUUGA